UCGCCGCGCUCCCGACAGUAGUAAUUUGCGCGGCCCGUUUGCCGCUAACGGAGCUGGCUAGCUGAAAGGACUCGGAAUUCUGUUGUCGGUGACACAAAUCCAAGUCCAUCUGUGGUUGUAAACAGACUGGACGGUGCAUUAUUGAGGCGGCGAGCCCUUGGUCGAGAGUCUACAUGCUAAAUAUGUGGAAAGUCCGAGAACUGGUGGAUAAAGCCACUAAUGUGGUGAUGAACUACUCUGAGAUCGAGUCCAAGGUGCGAGAGGCCACCAACGAUGACUCCUGGGGUCCCUCUGGACAGCUCAUGGGAGAGAUCGCCAAAUCCACGUUCAUGUACGAGCAGUUCCCCGAGGUCAUGAACAUGCUGUGGACCAGAAUGCUGAAAGACAACAAGAAGAACUGGAGGAGAGUUUACAAGGCCUUACUACUACUUGCAUACCUCAUCAGGAACGGAUCGGAGCGAGUUGUCACCAGUGCGAGGGAACACAUCUACGACCUUCGCUCCUUGGAAAACUACCAUUUUGUCGAUGAGAGUGGGAAGGACCAGGGCAUCAACGUGCGUCAGAAGGUGAAGGAGAUGGUGGAGUUUGUCCAGGAUGAUGACCGGCUCCGGGAGGAGAGGAAGAAAGCCAAGAAGAACAAGGACAAGUACAUCGGCGUGUCCUCAGACAGCACUGGAGGAGGAUUCGGCAAGACCAGCCCGGGAGAAAUGUUUGACUCGGAGCCCAAAGGGAAGUGGGAUGAGGACUGGGACAAGAGCAAAGGAGCCUUCCCCUUCAGCGAGAAGCUGGGAGAGAUCAGCGACAAGAUCGGCAGCACCAUCGACGACACCAUUAACAAGUUCCGCAAGAAGGAGAGGGAUGACUCGCCUGACAGAAUCAGUGACAACGAGGAGGACAGGGUAUCGCGGAACGGCCGGCCGUUGUCGGGGUCAGGGAGUCUGUCGGGGUUGGAGUUCAAAGACGAGGAGGAGACUGUUACCACCAAGAGCAUCCAGAUCACCCAGGCAACCGAGACCACCACCACCACCACACGCAAACGGGGCGGCGUCCCGUCCAAAACCGUGGACCUGGGGGCCGCCGCACACUACACAGGGGACAGGAGCAGCCUGGACGCAGACGACGCAAAGACGUCGGUCAGCCAGACUUCAAGCAGUGGCCUUGCAGACCUUCUGAUGGUGGACUCUGGGUCCAUUCAGGCGGCACCAGCAGGUGGAAGCUCAGACCUCAUCGGUGGCUUUGCUGACUUCUCCUCCCCAGCUGCCUCAGCCAGUCUCCCUUCAUCAGCCGGGCCAGGGUCCAAUGGGAACGGUGAGUUUGGGGACUGGAAUGCGUUCUCCAGUCCUCCGGCCGCCACCACCACUCCGUCUCAGCCAAUCACAGACCUGUUUGGUAGCAUCCAGCCUCCCCCAGCCUCGGCCCCCACCCCGCCAUCAGCUGAGCUCUUUGACCUAAUGGGCUCCAAUCGCACCUCCCUCAGCACCUCCCAAAGCAUGACCUUCUCCAUGUGUGGUAGCCAGAGUGUGGGCGCCGCCAACACCGGCCUGCCCAUCUCCAGAUCACAGAACUUUGGGCCAAUGCAGGGGGGCUUAUUGCCGCAGCACAUGGGACUCCAGAAGCCCUCCCUCCCCCCCACAUGGUCGGACCCCAGUGUCAACAUCAGCCUGGACUUCCUGUCUCCUGGUAUGCAGUCGGCCAACUGUAAGCCAAGCCUCAAUAUGCUACAGCAAGAUCCCCUGCUUCCAGGAGUCCAGUCACCCAUCAACCUGGCUCAGAGUUUUGGAGGCCUGAAUAUGAACAUCCAGCCUACAGCCACACCCAUCAGACCUCCGACCAACCCCAUGAUGCCCGCCAGGGCCAUAGGCCUGGGCAUGCCUCCCACCAUGGCAACGGGUACCAUGGGAAUGGGAGGAAUGCCUGUCAAUCAGGGAAUCAUGGGAAUGAACCUGGGCGUGGCCCCCUCAGGCAUGGGCCUGCAAGGCACCCUGGGUAUGCCAGGAAUGGGCAUGGGGCAGCCCAUGGUGCAACCCAAACAAGAUGCCUUCGCAAACUUCGUCAACUUCGGGAAAUGAGAGCGCUGAAGGAUUUGUGUUGAAGAGUAUGUCAGAAUACACCAUUUUGAAGGAAAAGCUCAUACUUGAAAAAUAUCUGAUGGUGUUGCCCUUCAAUCCCUACUUUUGAAAUAUACAGGUAACUGCCAAAAUAAUGGAAACACUUAUCGUAAAUAUUGAAAGCAGGUGUGGUUCCUGAUUUAAUGAAGCAAUUAACAUCCCAUCAUGCUUAGGGUCAUGUAUACAAAUGCUGAGCAAGCCAUUAUUUUGGCUACCAUGGCUAUGCACCCAUAGGAUGACAAUACCCUCAUCCACAGGGCAUGAGUGGUCACUGAAUGGUUUGCUGAGCAUAAAAACGAUGUGAACUAUAUGCCAUAGCCGAGUCACCAGAUCUCAACCCAAUGUAACACUUAUGAGAGAUUCUGGAGCAGUGCCUGAGACUGUUUUCCACCUCCAUCAACAAAAUACCAAAUGAUGGAAUUUCUUGUGUAAGAGUGAUGUCACAUCCCUCCAAUAGUGUUCCAGACACUUGUAGAAUUUAUGCUAAGGUGCAUUGAAGCUGUUCUGGCUCUUAGUGGCCCAACGCCCUAU